AUGGUCAAAUAUGCACGUACUCGAGACCGCGUGCGAGAAUAUCAGAAUACCAACAACAACCCCACAUCUAGCCGGCCGGUGCUGCUCCCUGCAAAUCCCAGCAGCACCGAGACGAAGUUUGUUUAUCAUUUCUCGACCAUCGUGGCUAGCUUGAUCUCGUUUUCCUUUCCUCAGCCCAACAUUUCGAAUCCUUUUCUUCUUCAUGUUCUUCCACGAACUUCCAGCUCAACACAGGUCCAACGGGCCGUAGAAGCCGUUGCUGCGGCGCAUCUGUACCACUUAGGAGCAGAGACGCGCGACCGUGCAACUCGACUUCAUUCACAAGCUUUGAGCCUCUUAGCCACUGAGCUUUCAUCGCCACAACUAGAUGGUACUGCCCGAAUUAACCUGCUAGCCAGCAGCUUGUUAUUGAUUUACUACGAGAUUGUUCUCGGCAACUCAGCAGAUAAUGCAUGGUGCCAUCUCCAGGGAGCUAAAGUCUUGUUAGAAUACCAAGAUGAAACUGUGGACAAUUCAUGUCUCCUGUUUUUUCGGAAGAUUUUCCAGUAUUUCAAUGUCAUGCUGGCCCUAUCUCUUGGCAGACAACCUCUCGUGAUUUCCGGUGUGCAUGGCCCCGAGUUCAUAGACAGGAUAGAUACCGUCUUCGGCUGUGCCGGUAGACUAUGGCCUCUGAUGCACCGUCUAGCGGAUCUGAUCGGCCGAAUCCGACUUGGUGAGGAUGGCACAGAGGGAGCCGAGUCUCUCAUAGGCAGCUUGCAGGUCUGGUCAAUAGAGUCAUCCCACUCGUCCGACGCGUAUAUGGAAGCCAUGGUGCAAAUCGCGAGGGCGUACAAAUUUUGCGGUAUUUUGAUGCUACGCAUGAUAAUAGCAUCGGCUGACCCAUACCCGGACCAUGCCCUUCUGAACUCCCGCGACCAAGAGCUAUACCGUUCCGCAUUUGAUAGUGUCCUUCGAGUCUGCGUUCUGUCAACGCCCAUGGCCACUCUCACUUGGCCAUUGUAUAUUGUGGGUCGCCUCGCCGGAUCAACAAGCGACAGAACAGUCAUCAUGCAUAUAUUUUCACAGUUCCUCGAGAAACACCACAUGAAGGUUGUCGAUGGAGCGAGAAAGGCCGUGUGGUCCUGUUGGGGAGAGGGUAUGUCGGAGAGGCGGAACUGGAAGAGUUUACCACCCGUGCUGUUGGGAUGA